UCAUUUUUGUUAUUCGUUCACGAUGUGAGUUUAGAAACGCGUACUUUAAUUUGCAGUGAAAUUUUUUGUAAAAUUUUGUGAAUUAUUUACUUUAGUUCUUUGGUGUCGCAUAUGUGUUUUCGCAUCUGAAUUUUUGUGAUUACUUGUAAUGUCUACCUUAAAGACAUUUUUACCUGCUCCUGCCCAAACUUUUAACGACCGAGAUAAUAAACACGGUUGGAAAAAAACGGUAGAAUCAUCAAGCAGACAGCUUGUAGUAACUUCCCAAGCUCCUCCUUAUGGAGCCAGGAAAGGUUGGGUGCCUCGAUCUGUCGAAGACUUUGGAGAUGGUGGUGCAUUUCCAGAAAUCCCAGUUGCCCAAUACCCGCUAGGGUUAGGUAAGAAGAAAGAAAAAACAAAUGCUAAUAAUUUACCUGUUCAGUUAGAUUCACAGGGUAGAAUAAAAUAUGAUGUUAUCGCUCGUCAGGGACAUGGUAAAGAUCGAGUUGUUUAUCAUAAGUUUCAAGAUUUAUUGCCUUCAGAAGUAACAAAUGAAGAUGAUCCAACUUUGCAAAAACCAACUGAAGAGGAGGUGAAAGAUGCAACCGAAGCUACUAGAUUGGCUCUCGAAAAAUUAACCCAAACAAAAAUAUCAGCUGCUAUGCCCGUCAGAGCAGCUGAGAAGACAGGACCUGUACAGUAUAUCAGAUAUACACCAUCUCAACAAGGUUUUGCUUAUAAUUCAGGUGCAAAGCAACGGCUUAUACGCAUGGUUGAGGUGCAGAAAGAUCCCAUGGAACCACCACAUUUUAAGAUUAAUAAAAAAAUUCCACGUGCUCCACCAUCGCCACCAGCACCAGUGAUGCAUUCACCUACACGCAAAGUAACUGUAAAAGAACAACAAGAGUGGCGAAUACCUCCUUGUAUUUCUAAUUGGAAAAAUGCCAAAGGUUAUACAAUUCCUCUUGAUAAAAGACUUGCAGCUGAUGGACGAGGGCUGCAACAAACUCAUGUUAAUGAAAAUUUUGCCAAAUUGGCUGAAGCAUUGUAUGUAGCUGAUAGGAAAGCAAGAGAAGCUGUUGAAAUGAGAUCCCAACUAGAAAAGAAAUUAGCUCAGAAGGAAAAGGAGAAGAAAGAAGAGAACUUGAGAAAGUUGGCCCAGCAGGCUAGAGAACAAAGAGCUGGAAUAAGAACUCAGCCAGCUGCUGAGAAAGAUGAAGAAGUACGAGAGCGUGAGAGUCUUCGUUAUGAGCGUCACAAGGAAAGACAGCGAGAUCGAAAUAUACAACGUGCUGCUCCAGAUAAAAGAAACAAGUUGGAGAAACAACGUGAAAGGGAUAUCAGUGAACAAAUUGCUCUUGGCAUGCCAAAUGCGAGACCUUCCAAUGAAUUGCAAUUUGACCAAAGGUUAUUUAAUUCUACAAAAGGAAUGGAUAGCGGCUUUGGUGAAGAGGAAGAUUAUAAUGUGUAUGAUAAACCAUGGCGCUCACAACAAGCUGUGAGCAAUAAUAUAUACCGACCAAAAGGAAAUGCUGACAAAGAUAUCUAUGGGGAAGAUUUUGAUAAACUUAUAAAAACAAAUAGAUUUGUUCCUGACAAAGAAUUUGCAGGAACUGACCGAUCUGGUCGACGUGAAGGACCUGUUCAAUUUGAAAAACAAGAGGAAGAAGAUCCUUUCGGCUUGGAUAAAUUCUUAACUGAAGCCAAGAAAGCCAGUAAACGACCCACUGGAAAUGACUAUGACAGAGAGAGAAGUAAAAGAAGAAAAGAUUAGACUUUUUAAAAAUAAGCAUACUGAAAAGUUGGUAGAAAGAGUUUGCUAAAAGUUAUUCUAAACCUCUUGUGCAAAAGUUGACCUGCCUGAUCAUAAUUAUACAGUUUAUUUCAAUUUGAUGAUAAUUAUGAGCUGAUAUAAAAUUUUGGCACUUACUAACCAUUAAUCUGUAAGUGCCUUUUUAUGGUAAGAAGGUAUACAAACAAACACAGUAUUUUUCCAUUAGCUUGUAGCAGCUAAAUACAGCAUCCUUGCAGUAAGAACAUGGUGAAAAUCCCAUGUUUCAUAAUAUAGGGUUGCUAUAUUGUGUGCAGUGUGUAUUUUGGUGGCUGUUGUAUAAACAGUAAAAUGACAUUUCACACUCACAUUCUGUGUGAUAGUAGUUGCUAUCUGGCUAAUGAAAAAUUACUAAAAGAAUUUUGCUGGGUGUUUUUCUAUAUCCAGUUUUGUGCACUCUGAAUCAUCAGAGGAAUAAUGAUGUAUAUUUAAAAUAAAUUGAAAAUGAAAUAUUUUUGCUGUAGACAUUAUAUUGAUGUAGUAACCUUUAUUUUUUAGUGUUACAUUUUAUGGUUUCUGUUAUAAGUGUAAAAAGUAAAACAGUGGACAUUAUUAGAAAUUGUUUUUGUAUGAAAAAUGUUAAUGAUUCUUCUAAGAACUGAAUUUUAAGAUGUUUAUAAAAAGUUUUGAUAUGCUUUUUGAAAAUAAUUUCUUACUACGAAAUAUGAUAUAUAUCUUUUUAACUGUACUAAGAUUUUUGACGUGAUUUUAUGAUUGCAUUUCCUUUGUCAUCUCAAUCACAUGGUUUUUUUUUUUUUUUUUUUUACUUUAUUGAUAUAAAUAUUGUUUCAUUAAUUUUUGCCAAAAGAUACUGAUUAAUUGUUACUUAAUGUUGAAUUAGUUAAAAUUAUUAUAACUAGUCUACUUUUUAAUACUGAUCUUUCUUAUAAUGUGUUGUGCUCUCUGUUAUUUAGAAAAUUAUUUUUUCUUGUAUAUUUUCUUAAAAAUUCUAGAAAAAAUAAUUUUUACUCAUUUUAUUUUAUUUAUUGAAACUUCUACUUGCAAACUCAGAUUUAAACAAGUAAAAUCCUGUGUUUAUCUAUAUUAUAAAAUAUUUGAUAUUUCAUGAACCUUACAAUGUUUAUAUCAAUAGAAUUUUACAAAUUAGAAUCUUUCUUGUGCAUAGUAUCAAAAGAUCUUUUUUUUUUCAGUCUUUAUAAUAAAUAAUAUUUAAAAAAAAAACAUUUUUUUUUAAAUACAUUGAAAAAUAAAGAAUGUCUAAUUUCUUAAUUGAACUGACUAAAAAAAACUAUUUAGAAAAGCUGAUGCAGGAUUUCAUAGAUAUAAUUUGUGUGUAAAAAAAUUAUUUAUCUUUGAUUUUUAUUGCAGUUUUUGUAUAAUAAAUACAUUGUGGCUCAUAGUGCAAAAGGACAUAGAUCAAGAAUUUACUUUGGUUAAACUAGUCUGUAUUCCUUUAUUUUACUAAUAGGUCCAUGUCACCAAAUUUCAAAAAGUAAAAUGAUCCUGGCAGCUUGAUGCAUUUUUAUUAGCAAUAGGAAAGUGGGCAAGUGUAGUUGAUUUCUGUCAUAUUUAAUUUUUGAUGCGAAACUUUUUUACCCUGUGAACGAUAAAUUCUUUCUAUUUCAAAAUAUGGUAAACAACACUUGGAAAUACUUUUUGACCAAAUUAUAGGUAUUCAUUUAAAAUUUAUUGCGGUUUCAGUUAAGUAGUAUAAUUUAUUAAUUAUGGCUAUAAGCAUAAUUUAAAUUAAAUAAUUCAGUUUAAAAUGUAAUCUUUUAGACCUAUCAAUCCUUUAAGGCUUCUUGAAAAUUGUCAAAAAUCAGUCAUUGUCUCUCACUAACAUGUUGUGCAUAAUUAUUAAUAUUAGGAAUGUUAUAAAAAUUUCAGUUAAUUGUUGCAGUUUGUGUCUUUGCAUUUCAACAGUGCUUUUAUUAUGAUAACCUAUUUCAUAGAUGCAUUAUUUAGUUUAUACAAAAUUAAAUUAUUAUUUUUAAAUCCAGUUUAAUUCAAUCCAAUUACUUGUUUCUAAGAUUCAUUUAAUUGUAACUGUUUGGUACAAACAACCCUUCUUGAUUAAAAUUAUUUGUUAUAUCUGUUAAUUUUUUUUAAUGUUUUUAAAAAUGUACAUAAUAUUUUUUUUUUGACAGAGAUAAGUAUAAUUUUCAGUUUAUUCUGCUUAUUUAAAAUAUUAUAUGCUAGAACAUUUUUAUUUUUAACUUGAAAAAUAUUUACCAAUUAAUCUUCAUUUUAUUGUAUUGUGGUUUAUGGAGAAAAUCAAGGAAUCUAUCUUUUUUAUGCACUAUUAAAAACACUUAAUUGUUAAUACGCUAGUAAGGUUAACUCCUGUAGGAGGGAAAAAAAUAUUCAUUUCGGUAAUUUAUUCUGUUACCUUGAUAUUUAACUAUGAUAAAAGAAAAAAAUUGGAUAAGAGGAUUUUUACUUAUUAUCAUGGCCAUUAUUAAAAUCUGUAUUCUAAAAGCUGAUUCAUUGAAUCAGAAAUUUCACCCAUGUUUUGUUUCAAAUUAAAUUUGAAAAGUUUGUGUUCACUUUUCUGUAAAAAAGUAAAGCCUUCAUAAGAUCACUUCAUGUAUACAUUUGAAAAUAUCUGAAUAAUAUGUAUAAAAAGUAAGAAAAAUGAAAAAGACAGGGAAAGGUAUUAUAAUUAUUAUCGUUAUUAUUUUGUAACUUUAUAUAAAAGUUUUCCAUUUAUUUAAUUUCAUUUAUUAAUAAUGUAUUUUAAAUAUCAGUCAUUAAAGUGCAUACUACAUUGUUUACUCUCCAAUAUGAAUCAUUUUGACAAAAUACAUUCUUUAACAGUUCUUUCAAAUAAAAAUCGAAGGGGGGGGGCAUAGCUUCAUCUUAAAUUUCAAGAUGUACUUAACUCUGUGAACAUAAGUUUUUAAGCUAUCCUUUCUAAAUUAUUGAAUAUUGAAGUAGUGUUUUUGAAUAUUAGUAUUUGGAUUCACUUCUUUUUUACUUAAAUCUUUAAAUUUAUUUACAGGAUUAAUUGGUUCUCUGUACCUGUAAUCUAUAAAUUCACAUGCACUUAUAAUUUAGUCAUUAGUGUAUAUGUUUGCAUGACUCAUCAUUAAAAAAGAAUUAGUUUUCCAUUAUUAUUAUGAGUAAAUGACAGAAAAUUCUAAAAUGAUGAUUAAAUCUGUAUGUGAACAUUCAUUUAAGAAAAUCCACUGUUGGUUUGUUAAUUUGUCACUACUUAUUGUUUGUUUCUUGUAAAAUGUGCCUGUAAAUUGCAAUUUACAUUUACCAUAAAUUGUUUAACAAUUCUGGGUAAAACUCUGUAAAAAAUAUUGCACAUAUUUUAAAGAUUCCUCAUUGCUGAUUAAAUAUCAUCAAAAAUUUCCAUGCAUCAGUCAUGUUCUUUGUAGCUUUCUCAAUGUAAAAUUUGUGUAUGUAUGUUCAUAUAUUCACAAUGUCAAAUCAAAUACACAAAUAAAAAUAAAAUAGUUUUUCUGA